UAAUGACUGUCAUUUAAAGGAUGUAAUAUUUUUCAUCAUAGCAAAUUUCAAAGGUGUUACAUGUGUAAAGGCUCUAUGUGGAUCAUGAAAGGUACAUCUAAGCUUUCAUGUUUGUUGUGCGUGUGGGCCAUAAUUUGCCUUAAUUGCCACUGUAAUGCACUGCACACUUCCUACAUAAAGUGAGACUAUAAACAUUGAAAUACUCAGAAAGUAACCACCAAUGAAAGACACAUUCUUUUUCCUGUGUUUUUCUUCAUUCGAUUUAGGAUAUUGCCGUAGGACCAUUAAAACACCGGGCCAGGUGACUCCUCCAGAGUAGAGCUCAUCAUCUGACUGAAGUUUGGACUCUCAAUGCGGUCAGUACACUUGGAUACAACAAUGCAGACGAUGAUGUUUUUGCUGUCUGUUAUUUCUACGGUACAAUGCCUGGAUUCGAACAUCAUUCAGUCCUCCAGGGAAAUGACAAACUCUCAAGAGUCAGUUUUGCAUUUACUGAGUGACACAACUGCAAAGUCCCAUAAUUCUGUAAGAAGAAGGACCUCUGUUAUUCUGGGAAUCACAGAAAAUGGACGAGACUGCACUAUUGUACAGGCACAUGAAAAAUGUAAAGGCUCCAAGAAAAAACAGCGUAACGCUAGUAAAAUGAGGAUUCAAAUAGAUGGACGAGGAAAGCAAAAAGUACCCGAGAUGGCCCCAUGCGUGCGCUCGCGUGACUGUGAGGAGGGGCUGUGCUGCGCUCUCUACUUGACCGGUAGGAGAUGUCAGCGCGUUCCCGCGUUGGGCGAGGUCUGCCUGCUUCGGGGACGCGCCAAAUUCCGCCGAAGACUGGACCGAUGCGACUGCGAGAAGAGCCUUUACUGCCACCCGCACGCCGAUAGCCCCCGUGGACAGGGAGUGUGUUACCCACAUGCGAAGCGCGAAAAGGACUGGUUAACCACUGAGAAAAUAAGCUAAAAACACCGGAAAACAUUACUCAGUAGUGCGUGUUCUGGAUUAGAAACGUAUUAGGAAACGUCAUGACAUAUUUUCAAAGUAUUUUAAGUAACAAAAAUAAAACAUUGAAGUUGUAAGCAAUUGUAAGUUGUAAGUAUUUUUUAAAGAUUUUCUGCGAGUCAAAAACACAACUUUGAGAAAGCAUGUCCUGGCUUUAAACUUUAAAACAAGUCGCCGAGCACCCUCUAUUGGGCAUGAACGUGAACUGCAAAAAGGGGAAAUGUCCGUCUUAAGUAGUGCUAUUUGAUUUAUAGUUCAAUACAAACCAGUCGAAAAACGUUUUAAAAACAUUACAAAGAACUCGGGCGCAAUGCUGCCUUCACGUGCUCUCGGAAAUUCGACAAUUCCCACUUCAACUCGGAAACGGUGCUCUUUUAAUGUUAACAGAUCCGGUCGUUACUUCUGGGGUGAAUUGGGUAUCAUCUAAUUUCCUAGACAUUUCGGUCCAUGCGGUCUCCAGUGCAGUGGUUCUCAAAACUUUUCAGCGCAUGUGUAGGGUGCAUCUCUUUGUGGGCCUUUCAAAGAAAAUGACGCAAAACAACCGCAAACUCAACUUUAAUGAAACCAUUAAACAUUACAUUAUUCAGUGCUGGAACAUCAAAUAUGUUAUUCAUGUGAUAAUUUGAAUACACAUUUCAUAUAACGCCAUAAAACUAGGGCCCAAGUUUGAGAACCACUGCUCUAGCAAUUGCUUUACAGAUAUAUGCCCGGUGUAUAUUGGCAUCCAUUAUUCACAAAGCUAAGACUACAUAUGUGCCAGCUGUCAAGAU